AUGAAUCUUAGAUUUUUCGAUUCAGCAUCCAAUAUCGUUCCUUGGUGUCGAAAUAAUAAUCUAUCAACAAGAUUACCGAAAAUAAAUUCUAAUAUUCUACUAAUAUGUCCUCAAAAAAAAUCUAUUGAACAAAUAAAAUGUGUACGUGAACCUAUUAUAUCAGCACAAAAACAACGACAAACGAGAGAAAAAAUUCUAUCCAGUAUCAAAUGUAAAUCAAAAUUUAUAGUUAAAUGUUAUGCAGAAUAUAAUAUAAAUGGUCUUCGACAAGGAUUCGGUCUAUUAAAAGAUAUUCGAUAUGAAAAAUUAGAACCUGGUAAACCAUCACUAGUCAUUCAUUCAGCAACACUUGCAAAAAAAGGAACUGAUACUUCGAUAUCUACAAAUUAUGCACUCAAAGAACUUGCAAUAAUAGAAUUAAGAAAACGUUUUGCUAUUGUUCAUACAGAAAAAUAUAUUUAUAUUAUUGGAGGUUACAUUUUCGAUCAUCAAAUUCCAGAAAGAAAACAAGCUUCACGCGAUUACAAAUAUGAUUUACAAAUGAACAAAUUAAUUCCUAUACAAGCAUUACCGAAUGCAAUUGGUUUUGGAUUGUGUAUCGAUGAAAAAUAUAUUUAUGCAGGUACAGAUAAUAUUGAAAUAUAUAAUAGAAUAUUUUUGAAUAUUUUUCCAGUUGGUGGAAAUGAUAUUUAUAAUAGACCAUUAAGUGAUUGUUAUUGUUUAAAGAUAAAAAAUUCUAAUGAAACAUGGAUAAAAUUACCUAGUCUUCCAGCACCUACAACUGGACCAGGUAUUGGUGCAUACCAUGGUGUAUUACAUUGUAUUGGAGGAUAUGAUGUUCUUGGCAAUCGAUCAAUUGUUCAUGGUGAAUAUCUUAUACUUCGUUAUCCACAAGAUAAGCAAUGGCAAUAUGCACCUGAAUUAAAUAUUAUUCGUGUUCGACCAUUAGUUUUUAUUGAUCCAAAUGAUACAAUUCAUGGACCCAAUAUUUAUGUUGCUGGUGGUUUUAAUAUUAAUCCAUAUACUCAUAAACCAUAUAUUGUACCUGAUCUACAGUUAUUUAAUCGAGUUACACAAUGUUGGCAACAAUUAACAACAAUUCCAAAUUUAGAAUUAUCACAUGAAUUAUCAUUUGAUGACUAUAAAUUACAUGUUAGUGAAACAAUUGAAUCAUCUGAUCAAAUGCCGAUAAUGAAGAAUUUAUAUAGUUUUGAUCUUCAAAAACUUAGUUGGAUAAAUACAACAAAUCAUACAGAUGAUAAUAGAAAAAUCAAUGUACGAAAUUCUAAACAAAAACCUCCAUCAACUUCACCAUUUAUUCUUUCACCAGAUGGAAAUAAAAUAAAAGAAAAUAAAACUAAACAAAAUAGUCAGAUCAAUCGAUCAGAUUCACUUCCAAAAACAAAAACAUCAACACUAAAACUACCAAACUCAAAAAUACAACAAAGUAAUAGCAAGUCAGGUAUUGAUAAACCACGUGAAAUGAAUCAAAAUUUGAUUACUCAAAAAAAGAUACCAAUGAAUAAUAUCAAACGUAAAGAUAUAUCAAAAUUUCAUUCAUCUAAUCCAUUAUCAUUGAAAAAAUCAGUUACAACAAUGGAACAAGCCACUGAACGGUUAAAAAUGAAAAAAUCUUAG